ACAGAGACAAACGACGGAUUUCAGUGCAUUUAUCGAAAGGUCUUUCGGAUUCUCCUCAACGUACAAUGGCCUUCAAAGCUCUCGCUGCUUUUCUCUCUGUCGCUGCCCUUCAAGUCGCAAAUGCUGCCUUGACCAGGCGUGUCGCUUGCCCCGACGGUAUCAACACGGCUACGAACGCAGCCUGUUGCUCUUUGUUCGCUCUUCGUGAUGACCUUCAGCAGAACCUUUUCGACAAUGGCGAGUGUGGCGAGGACGUUCAUGAGUCGCUUCGUCUCACUUUCCACGACGCCAUUGGUAUCGGCUCUUUCGGUGGCGGCGGAGCUGAUGGUUCCAUUGCCAUCUUCGAGGACAUCGAGACAGCCUUCCACGCCAACGCUGGUAUCGAUGAGAUUAUCAAUGAGCAGAAGCCCCUCGUCGCCAGACACAACCUCACCGUUGGCGACUUUAUCCAAUUUGCUGGCGCUCUCGGUGUGAGCAAUUGCCCUGGUGCUCCCCGUCUUCCCGCCUUCCUCGGGCGUCCCAACGCCGUUGCUCCUGCUCCCGACAAGACUGUACCCGAACCAUUCGAUUCGGUCGAUAGUAUUCUCGCGCGUUUCGCCGACGCUGGCAAUUUCAGCACUGUCGAAGUCGUUUGGAUGCUGAUCUCUCACACUAUCGCUGCUGCCGAUCUUGUGGACCCGACCAUUCCUGGAACGCCUUUCGAUUCUACUCCUGGACGUUUUGACACUCAAUUCUUCCUCGAGACCCAGCUCAAGGGAACUUUGUUCCCAGGUACUGCUGGCAACCAGGGUGAAGUCCAGUCUCCUCUUGGUGGUGAAAUCCGUUUGCAAUCCGACCAUGAUCUCGCUCGUGACUCCAGGACUGCUUGUGAAUGGCAAUCCUUCGUCAACAACCAGGCCAAGCUCCAGAACAGGUUCCAGGCUGUCUUCACUAAGAUGACUGUCCUAGGCCACAACCCCGACGACCUGAUCGACUGUUCUGAGGUCAUCCCUGAGCCACCUGCCUUCACCGGAUCUGCUACAUUCCCCGCUGGUUUCACCAAUGACGACGUUGAGCAGGCCUGUGCUGCCACUCCCUUCCCUACUCUUGCCACUGACCCCGGUCCGGUCACGUCUGUCGCUCCCGUUCCUCCGUCUUGAAUGAAUCCCGUCUAUCGCGAUCUAUGUGGUGGUAUUUUCUAGAAUGGCGAUUUGUUUCGCUUCCCCUGUAUUACCAUGUGCUUUAGUGUUCGAUGUAAAUAGAUAUCGAUGCGCCUC